AACGGGCUUAAAGAUUUCAGCACCUCGGACAGCUUCAGUGGCAUUUCUUCAAGUGGUCCAACAGGGGGCGCAGCAAUUACACAGUUCCAUGUGGCGAAGAUGUGAGGCAAAGGCUGUUUGAUGCUGUAACAUUUAAAUGUCUUCCAUCCUCCACUUAUCUUAAUGGAAUGUUUGUUUGUUUGUUUUAUUGGGAAGAUUUUUUGCGUUUACUCUCGAUGGAUGACUGACAGCUUCUCCCUUCAGUCUCGUUCCUUAUGAGUCCACCUGCGCUCCAGAAACUUUAUGAGCAACCAGGCAGGGUCAGUGUGGAAAGAAAGGCAAGCAGAGACGCGUGCAAUGUGUGUGUGCUGCUCGUGUUAAAACCUUUGGACAACAUGACAGUGUUUGGAUGCCACCCGAUGCUUUCAGCGUUGCAGAAAUGAACGAUUUUAAGUUGAAUAAAAACACGAACACUGGACCUGAGAAACGCUUGUACUACGGUCAUAUUACAACGGGAAAACCGGCCUAUUAACGGGCAUCGUCCCCUCUUCCUCUCCUCCCACCCCAGCGCUCCUCAGCCACCGCGGCUCGCGCCUGAUUGCACCGUGGUUCUGGGUGAGCGUGGCGGCGGACCGACGAGCUCUGCUCUGUGUUGUCUGCCCGGUGUGAGGCUUUGGACUGAUGUCUCUGCCUGUCAGGAAUUUAAAGUGUCUCUCGCCGGUCAUGUGCCAGUGUAAGGUCAUCUGCAGCAACCGGACCCUCUCUCUUAUGUUCGGAUGCAAGAAGUACAGGUACCAGGAUGAGGAGACGCCCCCCUUGGAGCAUAGUCCAGCACAUCUGGCUCCAGGGAAAAGUGCAGAGAUGCUCCACAUGAGUGACAAGAACCUUGCUGCCAUGGAGGCUAUUCAUGGCUACACACCUCAUACACAUAUCUCUCCUGUCAAGCCUGUGUUGAUGUCUACAGGACACACUCCAAUGUACACUUCUGCUGUUUCCACACUGGGAAAUACUCCUCCAGUGGUGGUGAACACUGACACACUUGAUGGCUCUCCAUACGUAAAUGGGACAGAAGGAGAAAUUGAGUAUGAAGAAAUCACACUGGAAAGAGGUAACUCAGGCCUGGGCUUCAGUAUAGCAGGAGGAACAGACAACCCUCAUGUGGGCGAUGAUCCCAGCAUUUUCAUCACUAAAAUCAUACCAGGGGGAGCUGCAGCUCAAGAUGGACGACUAAGUGUGAACGACUGCAUCCUGUUUGUGAAUGAUGUUGAUGUGAGGGAGGUGACACACAGUCAAGCUGUAGAGGCUCUUAAGGAGGCAGGUGCUAUUGUCCGCCUCUAUGUUCUCCGCAGAAAACCAGCAGCAGAAAAAGUCACUGAAAUCAAACUAAUCAAAGGGCCUAAAGGAUUAGGUUUCAGCAUUGCUGGAGGGGUGGGAAACCAGCACAUACCAGGAGAUAACAGCAUUUAUGUCACCAAGAUCAUUGAAGGCGGGGCAGCUCAUAAAGAUGGGCGACUGCAGAUUGGGGACAAGAUCUUAGCGGUGAAUAAUGUGUGUCUGGAGGAUGUAAUGCACGAGGAUGCAGUCGGGGCACUGAAGAACACAGCCGAGGUGGUUUACCUCAGGGUGGCCAAACCCAACAACCUGUUCCUGACCAAUUCCUACAACCCUCCGGACCUCACAAGCACAUAUUCCCAUAUGGAUACUGAACUGAGCCACCCCAACUAUCUUGGAUCAGAUUACCCGCAAGCCCUCACUCCCACCUCACCGAGUCGGUUUUCUCCUGUUCUGCACGGUAUAAUGGGAGAUGAUGACAUCCCCCGGGAGCCUCGCAGAGUUUUGAUCCACCGAGGCUCUACAGGUUUGGGAUUCAACAUUGUUGGAGGAGAGGAUGGUGAGGGAAUCUUUAUCUCCUUCAUCCUAGCAGGAGGGCCAGCUGAUCUCAGUGGAGAGCUUCACAAGGGCGAUCAGAUCCUGAGUGUAAAUGGUGUGGAUCUGCGAAUGGCCACACAUGAACAGGCUGCUGCAGCACUGAAGAAUGCUGGCCAGACUGUAACAAUCAUCGCUCAAUACAGACCUGAUGAGUACAGUCGUUUUGAGGCUAAAAUCCAUGACCUGAGGGAACAGCUGAUGAACAGCAGCAUGGGCUCAGGAACUACAACACUAAGGAGUAACCCAAAGAGAGGCUUCUACAUCAGGGCUCUUUUUGACUAUGACAAGACUGCAGACUGUGGCUUCCUCAGCCAAGCUCUGGGUUUCAAGUUUGGGGAUGUGCUGCAUGUAUUGGACUGUGGAGAUGAAGAGUGGUGGCAGGCCCGUAAAGUCAGCCCACAGAACGAGGCUGAGGAGGUUGGCUUCAUCCCUAGCAAGCACAGGGUGGAAAGAAAAGAGUGGUCUCGUGGUAACACCAAAGAGAGGGAUCAUGGUCGAGACAGCUUGAGUACUCAAGGGAGGGAUAAAGCUUCGCACAGCUAUGAGAUAGUUACUCAAGUGGAAGUACAUUAUGCGAGGCCCAUCAUAAUUCUGGGUCCAGUGAAGGACAGGAUAAAUGAUGACCUGUUGUCUGAGUUCCCUGAUAAGUUUGGAUCUUGUGUCCCUCAUACCACACGACCCAAGAGGGAGUAUGAGGUGGAUGGGCGAGACUAUCAUUUUGUGUCGUCACGGGAACAGAUGGAGAAGGACAUCCAGAGCCAUCGGUUCAUUGAAGCCGGCCAGUACAACAGUCACUUGUAUGGCACCAGUGUUCAGAGUGUCCGUGAGGUGGCUGAACAACAGGGUAAACACUGUAUCCUGGAUGUGUCGGCCAAUGCAGUGCGCAGACUACAAGCAGCUCAGCUUCAUCCCAUUGCCAUCUUUGUUCGGCCCAAGUCACUCGAGAAUGUCCUAGAAAUAAAUACUCGCCUGACAGAGGAGCAGGCCAGAAAAGGAAUGGACCGGGCUCUCAAACUAGAGCAAGACUUCCUAGAGUGUUUCUCAGCCGUCGUGGAAGGGGACAGCUUUGAGGAGGUUUAUCACAAAGUAAAGACAGUGAUUGAGGAGCAAUCAGGGCCUUACAUCUGGAUCCCCACUCGAGAGAGGCUGUGAUGCUACACCCGGCCAACCACCCCUCCCUCACAGCCACCAACGAACACCACCCCUCACCCUCACAGCCAAGCCAGCCUCGCCUGCCUGUCUGUCCUCCAGUGAAGUCAGUGCUUUGGCAAUCACUGCAAAUGACACAGAGAGACCAAUGCGUACAAAAACAGAGACAGAGACAAACACUGGAACUGACACAACAAGGCAAAGAAGGAUACCAAAAAAGAGACUGUGACAGAUGUGAGCACAGUGAUGUGUAACUAAACUGACAGAGAUGGAGAGAAAAGAUCUAAUCAGUAUUCCACUUUAAUGAAGCAGGACUGAAUAUUGAGGCCCUGUUCACACUUAGCAUUAAAAUGCACCUUGGAUACCAGCUGUGACUGCACCCAAAACUUGUGGGAGCAAAUGUCCUAAACACUUUAAUGAUGCUAAAUAACCAGUGUGUAUGUGUAUAACUCGUGUUUAGAUGCAGUUGCAGAUUCCCACUAGAUAAAAAGCAAAGGAAGUGAUUUCCAAUCACAAGUGAAGCCAUUUUGAUACCAUUUUGAUGCCAGGUGUGAACUGCAGUCCAUAUCAUGUGGCUCUCAACAGAGUUUAGAUCAAGCUGGAGACAACUAUAAAUCUAAACAGGGCUUGAAAGAGAGCAGAGGGUGACCCAGCAGGGAUGGACCCAGAGGUAGUAACACCACCUCAUCCUCUCUACCCAAGUAUCACCCCUAUUCAGUGACCACCUCCAAUGCCCCUGAAAUGGAGGUGCUCAAACAGACACGGGCCCCUCUUUUUAUAUUGCCUCCUGGCCUUCUGUCCUCCUCCUCUUCCUGUCAGCUCUGCCUUGUUUCAGGACAGAAAUGGGGGAAGACUGAGAACAGGGGGUCCCAAAUCUUGCUGAGUUUCUCUUGACCAGGAGUCUGUUCUCAGCAAAAUCCCACUUUUUGUGAAUCUCGCUUUGGUUCCUGGAGUGAAUUCAGAAUAACACCUCAGUGACCAAGACUGACAUCUGUUGUAUCGCCCAUCUUCAGUAUCACAAGGCAUUAUUUAAAGGCAGUUCGAAUAAUUAUUAUGAUAAAAACUCAUUAUGCUGAAUUUGUGCAUGCAUCUUCAAAGACAAUGAAGACGGGAGAGGGAGACAGUGGGAAAUUAUUUUUUUUUAUUACUAUUAUUAAAGGGAAAAAACAAAGGAAAGGUGUGUUCUCCUUCUCCGCCUUUUUAUUGGGAAGGAGUGUUUCAGCAUAACUCAUGAAGGAAAAAGAGAGAAAUGGUCAUGAGAAGCUGGUCCCAAGUAAACUAGAUGCUCUUACAAACAAUUUAGCCUCUACUCUCUUAUGCACACACAAACACUCACACCCAUCCAGCGACACACACACACACACACACACACGUAAAGUUGUAACUUCAGCUGUAAACCUGACACACUCCUCAACAGGGGUGCUGGUUGUUGACCUGCUGGUCUGAAUCCAGGAUGAAUGUUAUCUCUCCAGGCACAAGCAGUGGAGCUCUUAGCUUCAGUGCACCAACUUGCUGGUCACUCUUCCAAAAGAUCCCCCUCAGCCGCAGACGUACACACUGUUUCCAGUGGCCGCCGUAAAAGCCAUGGCGUGUCUGUGUGUGUGUGCGUGUGUGUGUCUGUGUGUGUGAGUGCUUGUCUCUGCACAAUUGUGCACAUUAAUGUGUAUAAACUCCUCUGUGUGAUGGGGGAGAAGGUCUUCUUUUAUUCUUUCUCUUCCACUUUUCUCUGCUUCUUUCUCCCUCUUGAGUCCACACAAUUAGAAACUUAGUUAUCUUUAAAUAAAAAAAAAUAUAU